AUGACUGACGAAGCAAUCUUGGUCUUCGCGAACUUCAUCUUCGGGGGCACCAAGGAGGAGUUCCUUGUCCGCUCCGGGGGAAAGGAGCCCGCGAUUUGGGUGGCAGGCGACGAAGGCGUUAUCCUCCGCACGCCGGUGGUGCACGACGUGCCAGGCAAGGAGGGCUCAUCGGAUCUGCGGAUGCAGUGGGGCCUUGAGAUGGACCUUGAGAUGGACAGUGAUGGUGAAGACACGGAGUGUGACUUCGACACGUCGUUCGAGUGGCAUGGGAGUUACUUGGAUCUGGAGAGGCAGACGCUCCGCCUCGAGAUCUGGAACUGGGCCCGUUGGCGAGUGAACAAGUUCGACUGCUUUGCAGAGGAGCAGUUGCUGGGCUUCGCGAAGGGGCCCAUCCAGAACGAGAUGGAGUGCAACAAGGUGGACAAGUUCGGGAAGAAGCAAUGCCGCGUGAAGGUGUCCUUCAAGCUCCCUGGAAAAACACCUUUCGGGGGAGGGCUAGGGCUCCGCUUUUGGGAGUCGGGGCUGUGA